CAACAGAGCACCUGGAAACACACUGCACUAGUGGGCAGAGAGACCUGUCCAGCCUUCCAGCUUUAUGUAAAAGGAUUUGGCUCAAGAUGUGCUAAGCCCUCAACAAGAGUGUCAGGGUAACUAAAAGGGUUGCACUGGCAGUCUGUGAGCCCUGGACUUAAUCCUGAGUGGGACGCAGCCUGUCUCAAAGCUUUCUCCUCCAGUUUCUUGUUCGUUAAUGGAGUUCCGGCAGGGCAGCGGCGAUUACUGCCACGCCCAACAUCGCAACGCUUGAUCACGGGUGGAUAUACCCGAAAUCUGCCACUGAAUGUCCAGAGAAACGCUUUCUGUGCUUUUCUCUUGCUGGUCUUUCUGAAUGACCACUUUGCUGUGCGCCAAAUGGGUUAAUUGCCAUCGCAGCACCUGGCAUUUAGCUACCGGACACUGUUCCACCCGUCUAGUUGCCCGGCAGAUUAUCCCUAUAAAGAGGAAGAGGCAGAUUUGUUGGAAGAGGAAGACUUUUGUGGUUUCUAAUUUCCCAGAAAGGCAGCUUUCAAUUUUAUAUACUGACUAGUAGUGAUUUAUCGUAGAGGAUCCUGCAAGUCCUUGACACCUUCACUGUGAUAGUGAAUCUGCUGUAGCACUGUUCUAGAUCAGAGUAGUGCCGUACUGUGAGUGGAGCUCUGUGGAUCCUAGCUCGGAGUGGGUGUUCUGUUUUCUGUAGUGUGGAGGGACACCAGCAUGACCAGGAUGAACCGUCCGGCUCCUGUCGAGGUCUGCUACAAAAACAUGCGCUUCCUUAUCACGCACAACCCAACCAAUGCAUCACUAAGCAGCUUCAUUGAGGAUCUGAAGAAGUAUGGGGCAACAACAGUGGUGCGUGUGUGUGAAAUCACCUAUGAUAAGACACCACUGGAAAAGGAUGGAAUUACUGUCAUGGAUUGGCCUUUCGAUGACGGCGCACCUCCUCCUACCAAGAUCGUGGAUGACUGGCUGAGUCUGCUGAAGAAUAAGUUCUGUGAAGAUCCAGGCUGCUGUGUGGCUGUGCAUUGUGUGGCCGGACUGGGCCGGGCUCCAGUGCUGGUGGCUCUGGCACUUAUAGAGAGCGGAAUGAAAUAUGAGGACGCCAUUCAGUUGAUUAGACAGAAACGUCGGGGCGCCAUCAACAGCAAGCAGCUGACGUACCUGGAGAAGUACCGCCCCAAACAGAGACUGCGUUUCAAAGACCCACACAACCACAAAAGCAAGUGCUGCCUCAUGUGAUCCAGUCUCACCAGCCUGCCACUGAAGGAACCAGUCACUCAUGGACUAAACCAGACUAGAAUUACCAAUCUAGUGCAUUUGAACAUUUCAGGAAGGGAAUUCAACCCCCUUUUAGUGUAUAUGUCAGACCCCCGCACACAGGGUCUUCACCAGCUCAGGGCUGUGAAAGACGAUCCUCUUGAAUUUUGUCUUUACACACAAAUCCCCCCCCCCCACCCUCAUCCUCAUCCUCAGCUACCACCCAUCACACUGUACCAGCAGCACGCAAUCCAAAGAUGAUCAUGGCCACCGGCCACCUGCUCAUAGAACAGAAUCACUGUUGUUAUGCUCACGCUUUCGUAUGAAACUGCUUGACUACCCUGUUCUUUCCCUCUCUUGAAAUUUAGAAGUUUCUGAAUGCAUGUCGCCGUACUUAUUUGAAGAUGUGAGUGAGUGGUUUAACCUAGCCCUUUUUUUCUACUUUGAAUCAUGAAUCUACUCUGGGAUUCAAGUUUGUUGCACCACUGGCUGCUUGGUUUUUGGUUUUUGGAUGUUUUAGCUGCUUUGAAAUCACGUUGAAGCUCAUAAAAAAGAAAUCCAGCUAAUCUGACACCUUGCUGUGCCACAGUAUCGCAGCAGUGAACUGAGAGAAAUCCAUGAGUGAGCACACUUGUAGAUCAGUAGUUCUGUUUUAAUUUAACACAGCAGCCACAAGAGGGAGACCUCACACUAUGUACUUCACAUGUAAAAUCGUGUGCUGCGUACAAGUACAGCAUUUUUGAAUUGCCAGUUUUAUUUAUUUUUUGCUGUUUACACUCAGUGCUCAUGCGAGGCUGUUUAGUUGUAUUGUGGACACUUACUGUGGAAUUACAAAAUGAACUUUUCAAAGUGAGGCUUAAAAUAUUUAGUCUUGUCCGUAUAGUAGGAAAUGAAAUCUGGAAUCACAGGAAUCAAUCUGCCCAACUAGUGGUGAUAUAGACACCAGUGAAGAUGAA